AGAUUUCUCCCUCUCCCUGUGCAGCAAGGCUGGGUACAGGUGCAAGGAGGGGAAGAAUGGGAAAAAAGGGCAAAUUUCCAGCACUUCUGGGUGUGUGGGAGCUGAGGAUGCUGAGAGCAGUGGCUCAGGUGGGAAGCUGGGGACAGCGCCAUUCCCCAGAGCAGUCCUAGGAACCAGAGUUGUCCCUGGAAUUAAAUUGUUGGACCCCACAGCCCCAGCAAGGCCCUGUUGCCAUCCCAGUCCCUGGAAUUUCCCUGGAAGCUCCCUGAGGGUGAUGGCCACCAAACCAGCUCCUCUGAGUCACCAUUUGGUGAAGUCACCACCCGCCCUGACCCCUCUGCUCUGCCCUCACUCCCUGGCAGUGCUGGUCUGUGCCCUGUGGUCCGGCAGUGUCCCACCCCCAGGGGCUGCCCCUUCCCAGACCCUCAGCCUGGGGGAUCCCUGGCUGGAUCCCAGCCUGCUGCCACAGCUUUGGGGUGUGCAGGAGGGGUGGGGAUGGAUGGGGAGGGGGAUGAGGAAGCGUGGGAUGGUGAAUUGGCAUGGCAUGGCACGGCACAGCAUGUCACGGCACGGCUGCUGGCUUGGCAGCAAGGGGAGGGCAGGGGUGGGACACGCGGGAGAAGGUGGAGUUAUCCCUUUGUCCCGGGGAGCUGGUCUGACAGGAAUUGGAGCAGCAGGCAGGUGGCUCCGGGUGGCCCCGGUGUCCUGGUCCCACCCAGACCCGAUGGAUCCGGGGGCUGAGGGCAGGGCAGGCCCCCGGGGCAUCGAGGGGCUCUGAUGGGCUGAUCCUGGCCCGGUGAAGAUGUGCCAAGUGGGCCACCUCGAUCCCAGCAGCCGCCGAAAUGUGCUGAUGAAAACGGGGCUCAUCCUCCUCAUCGUCGGGCACCUCAACUUCAUCACCGGCGCCCUGGUCCACGGCACCGUCCUGCGCUUCGUGGUCGCCGCCCGCGAUGCCACCUCCCUGCACUACGGCGUCACCAACAGCGCCUCUGUCAUUGCUGCACUGCUGACCAUCUCCUGCGGAGUCUCUGCCCUGCUGCUCUCCCGUUACCCCGGCCCUGCUGCCCUCAAAUGGGCGCUGCUGGCCCUGAGUGCCUGCAGCAGCCUGAGCUGCCUGUGCUGCCUGCUGGGGCUGCUCGUGGCCAUCGGGCUCACCCUGGGCAACCAGGGCCAGGUGCUGCUGGCCCCCUGCUCCAUCGCCAACAGCGCCCUCGCCCCGGUGUCCCGCGAGUGUCCCUUCGAUCCCACCCGCGUCUACAGCUCCACGCUGUCCCUCUGGGCCAUCUCCCUCCUGCUGGAGGCCAUGGGGAUCUUCUUCAGCAUCCGCUGCCUCCUGCUCACCCUCGAGCUGCUCCGCCUCGGCCGCUGCUGCCGUGGGACGCUCCGGAUGAAGGUGAUUUCUGCUGCCUGGGCUCAGCUCCAACCCCUCUGCUGCAGGGCUGGGACAGACCAGGCUGGGCCCAGGGGUGACUUGUGGAUCUUAGGCUUCCAUCCCUCUGCUCCCAUUCUCAUCCUUCUCUCUGCCUUCCAGGUCUCUCUGCAGGAAGCCCCUGUGCAGAGCCCCGGCCCCGGGCAGUGCCUGGCCUUGCUGAGACUGGACAGUGGAGAAAUUGCCCGGCUCUGAGCAGGGCCUGAGGGAUAAAUGACCCUGUGGAUGUGCCCUGGCCAUUCCUGCCCUGUUCCAGCACCAGCACAGCCCCACAACAGGACUCAGCUGCCUCCCAGCAUGUGGACACAUCUCCUGGAGCAUGAGCCCAUCCCGUGGCCUUGGGGCUGCCUGGGGCUGCAGCGAGGGAUGAAACUGGGCUGGAUCCAAACCCUGCAGGGAGGAACUUUCCCCAGGGGCUCCGUGUCCCCUUUCCCAGCACGGACUGCACUGACACAAACUUU